GCCCCAGCCGCCUCGCGCUUCCCCGGCUCCGCUCCCUCCGCCCCACCCCCGGGGGUCGCGCGCCCACGAUGCCGCAGGGUCCCGGCUCGCUGCUGCUGCUGGUCCUCGCCUCGCACUGCUGCUUGGGCUCGGCGCGCGGGCUCUUCUUCGGCCAGCCCGACUUCUCCUACAAACGCAGCAAUUGCAAGCCCAUCCCGGCCAACCUGCAGCUGUGCCACGGCAUAGAGUACCAGAACAUGCGGCUGCCCAACCUGCUGGGCCACGAGACCAUGAAGGAGGUGCUGGAGCAGGCGGGCGCCUGGAUCCCGCUGGUCAUGAAGCAGUGCCACCCGGACACCAAGAAGUUCCUGUGCUCCCUCUUCGCCCCGGUCUGCCUCGAUGACCUGGACGAAACCAUCCAGCCAUGCCACUCGCUCUGCGUGCAGGUGAAGGACCGCUGCGCUCCGGUCAUGUCCGCCUUCGGCUUCCCCUGGCCCGACAUGCUCGAGUGCGACCGUUUCCCCCAAGAUAACGACCUCUGCAUCCCCCUCGCUAGCAGCGACCACCUCCUGCCGGCCACCGAGGAAGCUCCAAAGGUAUGUGAAGCCUGCAAAAAUAAAAAUGAAGAUGACAACGACAUAAUGGAAACUCUUUGUAAAAAUGAUUUUGCACUGAAAAUAAAAGUGAAGGAGAUAACCUACAUCAACAGAGAUACCAAAAUCAUCCUGGAGACCAAGAGCAAGACCAUUUACAAGCUGAACGGUGUGUCCGAAAGGGACCUGAAGAAGUCGGUGCUGUGGCUCAAAGACAGCUUGCAGUGCACCUGCGAGGAGAUGAAUGACAUCAAUGCGCCCUAUCUGGUCAUGGGACAGAAACUGGGCGGGGAGCUGGUGAUCACCUCAGUGAAGCGGUGGCAGAAGGGGCAGAGAGAGUUCAAGCGCAUCUCACGCAGCAUCCGCAAGCUGCAGUGCUAGUUCCGGCGGCCCAGGUCGCCCCGACAGGCCGGCUCCAGGGCUCGGCUCACCAUUUCCGCUCCGAGGCCUCCACUCUCGUGUCCCAAGCACAGUCCCAGCAGCUCCGGCCCCAUCCUGGAGCAGCGUCCCCUGCCUUUUGCACAUUUGCACCCCCAGCAUUUCCUGAGUUAUAAGGCCUUAGGAGGCCUCAGGAAUGGAUAGCUGUUUUCCACAUAAAGGAAAAAACCCUAAGUCUUGUAGAAAUAAUCAAACUAAUAAAUCAUGCAUAUUUUCGAGAAGUUUUAAAAUAGCUCACUUUAAAGCUAGUUUUGAAUAGGUACAACUGUGACUUGGGUCUGAUUUUUUCCUGUUUGGUUUGGGUCACCUGAUUUUCACUUUAUGCUGAUGUUGCCAGAACAUACAAAUAGCUUUGUUUUUGUAAGAGGCCCAAACUGUUGCAGGUCACAAACCCAGCUGAGAUAAAGCUCAGCAUCUCUCAGCUCCAGCCUGAGACUCGGGGCCUACGUCUUAUAACAGUUCACUUGUCAUUUUACACCCUUGUCGGGAACUUACGACUGUAGCAUGUAUUGCAUUUCCAGGUAGAGUACUUCCAUUUAUAAAAAGCACAUUAACCAUCAUAGCAUGAUUCCUUCAAAUAAAGGGCACCACAAAUUUUAUAAGUGACCUGAAUACUUUAAGCUUUGUUUAAAACAUUUUUUACUUAAUUUUGCAAAUUAAACCAUUGUAGCUUACCUGUAAGAUACAUAGUAGUUGACCUUUAAAAAGUUGUAAAAAUAUUGCUUUAACCCACACUGUAAAUAUUUCAGAUAAACAUUAUAUUCUUGUAUAUAAACUUUACAUCCUGUUUUACCUA